CAGUUGAGCAGGUGAUAAGGCCACGUCGCCAUGUUGCCGCAAGCGGAGCUAGAGAAUUACAAGCUGCAGGUGGAGCUGCUGCAGGAGAAGCUGCAACGCAGCGAGGACAAUCGCCAGCAGCUGGAGCACAAGCUGGACAAAGUAUUGCAAAAGCGCAGUGAGCUCGACAAAUGCGCGCGUCACAAGACCCGCCAGCAGUACCAGGCGUUUCUCGAGGACCAGACAAAGCGCAACGAGCGCAACAAAAAGCUGGUGCAAGUGCUGGAGCGCAUUGAUGACCAAACGGCUGCCAUGUCACAGCGCAGCGAGCGACUUAAAAUGAUGAAGCUGCAAUACCAAAUGUACUUUGCUAAAUUGGUGCAGAGCCAGACGCUGCGCCGCAUACAACAAACAGCAACGCCAGCUGCCAAUAUUGUGUUGCUGCCGCCGCCGCCGCCGCCUACAGCUACGCAGGUAAAUGCAACACCAACAGCAGCAGCACCACUCGCAACAGCAUUGCCGAAUGCAGCAGAUCAGGUGACGGCACAAACUCUGCUGGCAGCGCCACAGCCACAGCAAUGGGCUUACGCCAUGACCACGCCCACACCCACACAUGCUGGCAUGUUAUUAGCGCCCGCUCCAGCAACUGCUGCCGCCGUCUAUAUGCCCAUGGCAAUGCCCAUGCACUAUAGUCUACCUGGACAGCAAUCCCAACCACUGGCCACCUCCAAUCUAUUCGAUUUGCGCGCCACAUUGCGCGCUUUGGACAAUGAGAGCGUCGAUUUGCCGGAGCGCAUGACGCACUUUGAUGCGGCAGCAUUGGCAGCUGAAUAUCAAAAAAUCAGUCAUGCUCGUGCAGCAGCAGCAACACCAACACCUACACCAACAGCAACAACAGUAACAACAGCUAGCAGCUCGAGCAGGGAUAAGGAUGCACGCGAACUGGGCAGCAUAUACUCUACGCAGGCAAGCUCCUCCUCAUUGGCAUUUGAUAAAUUGCCCAAGAUGGCGACGCUGACAGAGCUGCCGACAGCUGUCGCUAGCUACGAUGACGUUGGCGGCCAACCGCAAAUGGCAGCAGAGCAGCAGCAGCAGCAGCAGCCGCCAAUAUGGGCGCCAAAUUCGCGCGUGACUAAAGGCGAGCAUGAAAAAUCGCCAAAUGUUGCUGCUCAUUAUGAGCCAGGCCAGCAUCAGCAGCAGCAGCAGCAGCAACGCAAUUUCGAAGCAUACUUUGGUGAGCUGAAAAUCGAUGAGCCCUGGCAGCCGCCAGCAACAACAACAACAAUAACAACAGCAGCUAGACCCAGAGAAGACAAACUAGAGCUGAACGUGCGUGCUGGCGAACCGAGAGCAGGUGGAUCAAUGGCAAUGGGUGGUGGGCUUGCCGCUGCUAUCAGCAACGAUUUGCUUGACGAAGUCAAAGCGAGCCGUGCAGCUCUGGAGGCGGCGGCGGCUGCGGUUGAUGAGCAGCUAGCGAGAGGUAAUCAAUUGUCGCCAACAGCAGCCAAUGAGCCACACUCUAAGCCCAGAGUGUCGAUUGAGAAUAUUGAAAAUGCCAUUUACGGCGAACGCCUGACAGCAGCAGCAGCAGCAGCAGCAGCAGCGGCAACAGCAACAACAUCAGCUGCUGCUGCCGUCGCUGCUGCUGCAGCAAUGCCAACGCAAGGAUUAUUUGAAAAUUUGGCAAGCAACGCACCGCAGCAGCAGCAACUACAGCAACAUCAUGUGGGUGAGGUGCAGCAAGUAAUUGAUCCAUUGCCGGAACAACAGCAGCAGUCCCAAAUCGAUUACGCGCAGUAUGAUGCCCAUGGCUAUGGGGAGUCGGCUGAGCCCACUUACGCCAGCAUCGAGUCGAGUCAGCAGCAACAGUUGCAGCCACAGCUGCAGCAGCAGCAGCCAAGCGAUACAGUCGAGCCGCUUUACAGCGAAAUCGGAAAUCCCACAGACUAUCAGCAAUAUGCAGCGACGGAUGCCAAUGCAGCAGCUGAGGUUGAGGCCGCUGCAGCUGCUGCUGCUGCUGCACAGCAGGAGUAUUCGAAUAUUGAUUAUGGCAACUAUGAUGCCGCACAAUAUGCAGCAGCUGGCUAUGAUCCGAAUGCCUAUCCGGGCUACAUUUACGACGAGACCACUGGCCAGUACAUUGCCGAUCCCAAUGCGCCGCCAUAUGCCGCCGAUGGCAGCUACGCGGGGCAGGAGUACGAUGCGGGCGCUACAAAUUAUGACUACUAUGCUGAGCAGUCACAACAGCAGCAGCAGCAGCAACUAGAGCAACAGGAACAGCAGGAACAACAGGAAGCUGCCUAUCCAAUGGCUGACAACAACAACAGCAGCAGCCAAGCAGCCGAUUUGUUGCUGCCACAGGAAGUGGGAGUAUCCCCAGAGUUGGCUGCCGCUGAUGCCAAAAGCGAAGCCACGCACUCAGCAGUAGCAGCAGCAGCAGCAGCAGCAGCGAAACCUGUCAAACCCACAUCGAUACUUGCGACGACAGACAAACAAGCGGCGCCUAAUGAUGCACAGCAACAGCAGCAGCCACAGCAGCAGCAGCAGCAGCAACAGCAAAAGAAGAAGAAGCGCGUUAAUUUUGUUGACAGCAGCGAAACGGAUGAUAGCUCAAGCGCGAAACCAGUCCCGGACGUAAACUCACCCGCAACAGCAGCCGCUGCCGCUCCCAGCGCCGCUGCCGGCGCCGCCGCUACUUUCGCAGCUCCUGGGGCAACUGGCAGCGAGAGUGAUUUCGAUUUUUCCACAGGCAGCGAGGCGAAGAAUUAGAACAACAGCCAAAACAUUUCAAUUCUAAUUUGCAGCCAUUUGGGUUAACCAAUCGAGCAUUCGAGCAUUCGACCAUUCGUUGUGACCGCUUUCAAUUUAUUGUCCCCUCUUUGCACACACUUUUCGCAUUCUGUUUGUGCGACAUUUGUCAGCUUUUAUGUAUGCACACACACACACAGAUACACAGAGACACACACGCAUACAAAUAAUGUCAAUGCGGAAACGGAAGCACACAAAUUGUUGCAUUUCCGGCUGUACCAGCUACAGCAGAGAUCUGAGCAAGUCGUAAUUGUUAAUGUGCAUAGUCAGUUAAGCUGUGCAGCGCUUUGCAUGUACAAAGCACUGUUCAGCUGAAUUUUUAAAUGAAAUAUGCAUUAGCUAAUGCAGCAGCCCGCCCUGCGUAUACUUAUUGUAAAGCAAACACAA